AUGGGUACGGAUCAAGGCCACUGUCUAGACCGAGUGAAACCGGGCUUGCAACGGAAAGACACGAAAUUCUUCCUAUGCGACAACGGAGCGCAUACACAUCGUCUCUACGACGGCCGUCGGCAGGAUGGCUUGCUUGAGCUUCUGCAGGACAAACUUCAAGUACUAAGAGAAAAUGCGACACUCAUCAAAAGACAGAAUAGCAGCAGCGAUAACAGCGGGAAUAAGCAAGACAUCAUCCAGCCUGUGUCACCUAGGUCGUCGAAGUCACCAUCGCCAGUCCUUGGUAGUCCUCUGGCAUCAACUCACCAAACCACCUCACACACGUCGCUCAUCAAUCAGUACGGCACAAGCAAAGAACAGAUUGGCAGGGGCUCUUCAGGGGUUGUCACUGUCGCAUUUCGCCCUCACUCCGUCGAUCCUCCGACAGAUGGCCAGCUCUUUGCGGUGAAAAAGUUUUGUCGGCGAGAGAGGGACUCUGUCAAGAAACACUUGAAACGUGUUGGGGCAGAAUUCUGCAUUUCGUCAAGUCUUCAUCAUGUCAAUGUCAUUCAGACUUUGGAUUUGAUUCAGGAUACCGACGGCAAUUUCUGUCAGGUCAUGGAAUACUGUUCUGGAGGUGAUGUGUAUACGCGCGUGAGGUCGCAGGGGAAACUUUGUGCGUCAGAGGCAAAUUGCUACUUUAAGCAGCUCGUCCGCGGUCUAAAUUAUCUGCAUGCAACAGGCGUCGCGCAUAGAGACAUCAAACCGGAUAACCUGCUGCUCACUUGCAGAGGAUGCUUGAAAAUUGCAGACUUUGGAAACUCGGAAUGCGUGCGACUUCCAUGGGAAAAAAGUGUCCGGUUAUCCUCUGGUCUAUGCGGUUCGUUCCCGUAUAUUAGCCCCGAGCAAUAUAGCAGCGCCUUGGAUUCUAUGUCGUCGCAUCCUUUUGAUCUUAGAGCCGCCGAUGUCUGGUCUGCUGGAGUCGUGUACAUGGACAUGCGGACAGGGAAGCAUAUGUGGCGUUUUGCGGCUGUCGAUCGAGACAAGUAUUUUGAGGAUUAUGCGAGGAGUAGACGGGAAUAUGGGACAUGGGAGCCUAUUGAAAUGCUGGAGGGGGUAAGGUGA